AUGGCAACAGAAGGACCAAUGAAAACAUGUGACGACGAUACAAAACUGUUGGGCGAACUAAGCACGGUAUGGAAAAGGCUGGACAAUCUCGAAUUAGAACAAGAAACCCUCCUUCUCCAGGUUGAUAGAGAAGCAAGACUUUUAUUUUGUGUGAAAACAGAACUCGAGAAUUUUGUUGAAAAAAAGAAGAACGAAGAUAGGCUUAUCCGCGAUGCUGUACCAAUUCCUGUUGUUAAAAAGAACGAGGAAACAAAAACGAAAGAAAAACAGAUCGAAAGUCCCCCUCCGAAGGAGCAUCCAUGGGUUUAA